UGAAAGCACACGGAUCAAUUACGUGGCCUGGAAGUCCCAAAUCCCGCCUAAACCCCCUAAUUCUCAUUUCGGAUGCAAUUGAAUUUCAAUUUCCCCCCCAACUUGAUAAUAUAUCCGCCUUUCGAGUUUCGGCCCCUCAUUUCUCAACAUACAUCCCUCUAUUUCUAUCGCUCUUUUAUUCCCUAUGCCCAUCUCUCUUCCCUCUCUUCCUUUAACCCUAACCCUACAGCUUACUACCAGGAUUCAACAUGAAAGGAGGUAAAUCCAAGUCGGAUACAAAGAGGGCUAAGCUCUCCGUGAGUGAGAAAUCAACCAAGAAGGCUGGAAAGAAAUUAGGGAAGGCAGCUCAGGAUCCAAAUAAGCCAAAGAGACCUGCUAGCGCCUUCUUCGUUUUCAUGGAGGAAUUCCGCGAGAAAUACAAGAAGGAGCAUCCUAAAAACAAAUCCGUUGCUGCAGUUGGCAAAGGUGGUGGAGAUAAAUGGAAGAGUCUGUCGGAAGCUGAAAAACGACCAUAUGUUGAAAAGGCAGAGAAGCGGAAAGUUGAGUAUGAAAAGAACAUGAAAUCCUACAGUAAGAGACAGGCUGAGUGUCUCAAAAAUGAAGACGUAGAGUCUGAGAAGUCUGUGUCCGAGGUGAAUGAUAAAGAAGAAGAUGAUGAUGAAGGCAGCGGAGAUGAAGAUGAUGAUUAGGAAGAUCCGGUGGGGGUAGCAUAAUCAAAGUAGGCUAUGAUAGUGUUUGAUCAUCUCAUGUUAAUGCUUUUAAAUGCAUAUUUCGUUUAAGGAAAAUGUAACUCUGAAUCUUGUUUGUUUCUUUUGACAUUUUGAAAUUGAAAGUUGUAGAUGGGAAAUUUGCUGCUAUAUGUAUUUUACAU